AUGUUACGGGCAGCAGAAGUUGGAGAAAACAGCAUAGUUCUGAGAAAACUAUGUGGUAUGUUUAAAUCGUUUGAGAGAGCAUAUAUUUAAUAUACAAUAAUACAAUUAUUUAUAAUUGUCAUAUUAAAUUGUACGAAGUUAAUAUUAACAGUACAUUAUCAGUGAAUAAUAAUGCUACUGCUGUCUUGCACUAUGCAGCACUAUUAAACCAGUAUUAAACUGCUAGCGUCAUUUCUCUUACUCGUAUAUUACCACUGCAAUAUUUUCACUGUCAUAGUUUAAAUUCUUAAUUUAUCAUCAAUAAAAACAACAGCAAAUUAUGCACAAAGUGAGAAAAAGCAAAACGACAAUAGAGAGGUUCAGAUACAGACAUUCCAACUACUCGAGGUAAAAUUUAGGGAGACUGUUCACUGAAUCGAAAUCUUGUUCUUCUGUGAAAAAAUUUUAAAAAUUAAGUCUUCUGAAAUGGCAUUUCCUGCAUUUUGGGAAGAUGUUGUUAUAAGUGAUCCUAUAAAUUGCCAUUAAGUAACUUCAUAAAAAGGUCAAAACAGACUAUUAUGUUGCUAAAAACAGUAUGUUUAUGAUUUUUUUACGAUAUUUCCCGAAUAUUCUGAAAAAUCGGGAGAAUUUGAUAAAAAUCAGGAGACCAGGAGAUUGUAUGAAUUUUUGGGAGACUCACAGUAAAAUCGGGAGAGUUGGAAUGACUGGCAUUGUCUGCAGAUAUGACUUCCACUGACUCUCACAUGUUUAGUACCCGUCUGAUUGGUUAAACGGAUAUAUAUCAAACACACGUAGUGGUGGUGGUCGUGGUAGCAGAACUACGGAAGUGGAAGUCAAAUUUGAAUCUCUUUACUAUCCCCCCCAAACUUUCUUGAAAGCCUGACUGAAAUCAGUGCAUACUUGCUCAGCACAUGCUUCCCCACAGCAUGCCUAGCAAAAACUCAUGCAGUUGGAAAGGUUGUUUUUGCCCCCUGAUUUUCAUUGAUCACUUUUAAAAAUGUAUCUUAAUCUCUGCAGCCCCCGUCUUGCAAGAGGUGGAGCCAGUUGGACGAUGGUUUGAAGCUUACGUAUCACGCAGUAGAAAAAAUGUAUCCCUGUCAAAUUCUGAACCUGAUGAACGUUCUGAAGAAAACAACGAAGAUAAAAAAGAAAGCAGUUCAUCAAGUUCUGACAGUGAAGAUGAAAGAUAUUUGCUUACGUUGGACCCCAAGGAAUGGAAGGUACUGUAGUGGUGUAAGAACCCAGACAAUUUUCCAGUGGGUUUCCUGGUAAGGAGCCCUCACAACCUUAUAGAGUUAAUAAGCCCAGGUCACACUACACAAUGAUAACGAUACGAUAACUUCUAUAUGUGCGCUGAUUGGUCAAAUAUCAACUUGUGACCUUUGACUUGUUAGUCUAGCGGGAAUAGCUAGGUAGGUGGUGAUGGAGCCAGAGUGCAUCAUGCCCCUCCCGCUUUCCCCUUGUGCAGGGUGCGAUCAUUCAACAUUUCUAGUCGUACCUGACUGGUACGCCAAUGGUUGUUGUGGCGUACUUGCGCUAGAACAAACUCAGUACUCAAUGUGUACAUAGUCUUUACAAUAAGGUUCAUAAUUAAAGUACAGGUUUCUGAAAAGUAUGUUCAGACUAUGAGGUAGCAAACAGAGUUUUGCUAUUUGAAAAGGGAGUUUUGCUAUUUGAAAAGGGAGUUUCGCUAUUUGAAAAGGCAGUUUUGCUAUUUGAAAAGAAAGUUUUGCUAUUAGAAAAGGGUGUUUUGAUAUUUAAAAACGGAGUUUUGCUAUUUCAAACAAUCGACUCCAACGUUUCUUAGUGCCAUCAGUGCAAUCAUGUUUCAUGCCAAGACAUCUCAGACACAUGAUAUACCAACUAAAUUACGGUAUUGAAUACCUUGGACUUGGAAAGGUCAUGUGGUACCAGCAAAAAAUAAGUACGCAGAUAGCAAGAUUUCCGCAUACCUACGUGGUACGUGGCUGAAAACAAAGAAGUACCAGACAGUAAUAUGGUACGUAAGUACGCGAAUUAUCGCACCCUGCUGUGGGCCAUGCAUGACCAAGGCUAGGGGAUGUAUGCACCCCACUCUAUCAUUCCAAUGACAGAUCAAUACCUCCUAGACUAUAUAGUGAGAAAAUCUAUCAUUCAUUUUCACCACAGGAUCAAGACCAUUAUAAAAUAAUUGGUUUAAAAAAUCGAAGAUAUAGAGCCACAGAAGAUGACAUUAAAAGGGCCUGUAAGUAUUAUGAGGGCGUGCGGAACUCAAAACUGUGUAAUAUAUUCUACUCUCUUAUUCGAUGUUCUAUCACUUUAUCUCCUCAAUACAUGAUUCCAACUAUAGUCUGUCUAUAUAAACUAAAUUUUGAUCUAGGCAAGAAGAACAAAAUCCAUCACCACAGCUAGAAAGAGCAUGUUAAAAAUUGGAAUAAUGCAUUAAGUUUGGUUGCAAAAUGUUGUAAAAUGCGGAAAAUAUAGCCCUACAAAAUUUGCAAAUUUUGUAUUAAUUUUUAUUACGCACGUGAAAAUGCAGCACUUUCGGCCCAAAUGUGGUGCAUUUUCCCGCAUGUAAUACAAAAUAAUACAAAAUUUGCAAAUUUCGCAGGGCUAUAUUUUCGGCAUGUAGUAAAACACUGACCACCGGAACACCACCAUUUUGUUUGGGGUUAGGGUUUGGGGUUAGAGUUAGGGUUAGGGUUGGGGGUUAGGGUUGGGGUUAGGGUUAGGGUUAGGUGGUGUUCCGGUGGUGUUCUGGUGGUGUUCCGGCGGUGUUCCGGUGUUCCGGUAGUCAGUGUUUUACUACAUGCCUAUAUUUUCCGCAUUUUACAACAUUUUGCAGCCAAACUUUGCAAUUUUAAUAAUUUUAACAUGCUCUUUCUAGCUUUGGUGAUGGAUUUUGUUCUUCUUGCCUAGAUCAAAAUUUAGUCUGUAACUGGAGUCUUCCAUUGAAAAUCCUAUUUCUGUCGUUCUUUAGACAGAAAAAUGGUUUUAAAACACCACCCUGACAAAAGUCAUUCACGCAAGUCAAAGAUGCAUCUAGAUGCCGUGCAGGAGUAUUUCACGUGUAUAACCAAAGCUGGAGAGAUUUUGAUGAACAGAGGAAAAAGACGAGCGUACGAUAGCAUUGAUCCAACUUUCGAUAAUUUUGUACCACCUGUAAAUCCAAAUUCCAAGAUUAAUUUUUAUCAAGUGUUUGGGCCUGUGUUUGAGACGAAUUCCAGGUAGGUUAAUGUGAAAAUGUGUUUGCAAAAAGGUGACUACAUAAUGCUGAAUGGGUUAGAAAGGGGCAUCAUCUACCUAUACUAUCCAGGGUCGUGGUUGGUUGAUUCUAACAAUGAAAGACAAUAAAACUAUAGAAAUCGUCUUUCUAAAGAACGAGUCACGAACAAUGAUCAUUUUUGUUUCUAAUUUGUUUCUGAAAGCCAAUCACAAAACGUGAUCAUUUUAGGUAGGUCUUUACCCAUUAGAAAUCAUGUUGAACUAGCUAGAAUAUCCGGAUGACAAAGGUUCAAGAUGAACUGUAUGAAUGUAGCCAAAAUUUCGUACAUUUACUGUAGGUGGUCAAAUAAGCUGCCAGUACCAGGUCUCGGAGAUGAAGACUCCACUUUUGAAGAUGUGGAUGAAUUUUACAAAUUUUGGUGCGUUUAUAAAUAUAUGUAUUAAUAAUAAUAAAAAUAUUUAAAUUGGUAAAUAUGCGUAUGUUUACAUACAUUCCUCGUACAUAUAUGAAACAUAUGAAUCUCGUUUCACUCUGCAGGUAUGAUUUUGACUCGUGGAGGGAAUUUUCGUAUUUGGAUGAGGAAGAGAAAGAAAAAGGCGAAAGGUCUGUGCUUCCUAAUUAAUUGUCAAAACACAAAAGAAAUCAGCGACGUCUCAUUGUCUCGAUGCCACACCCAGCCAGUGCCUCGUUUUCAACAAACUUGUCUUCCAAAUAGACUUUUUCCAUCAUAGACUAAUUUUAAAACUAAGCAAGGGAAUGCAAAUAAAUCACCACAGCUAGAAAGAGCAUACUAAAAUGAAUAAAAUUGCAAAGUUUGGUUGCGAAAUGUUGUAAAAUGCGGACAAUAUAGCCUUGCAGAGUUCGCAAAUUUUGUAUACUUUUGUAUUGCGUGCGGAAAUUGCUAUCACAUUUGGGCCGAAAGUAGUAGCAAUUUCCGCCCACAAUACAAAAGUAUACAAAAUUUGCGAACUUUGCAAGGCUAUAUUGUCUGCAUUUUACAGCAUUUCGCAACCAAACUUUGCAAUUUUACUAAUUUUAGUAUGCUCUUUCUAUAAACUCUGGUGAUUUAUUUGCAUCUCUUUGACAGUAGUUUUAAAAUUAGUCUAUAAAGGGGAAUUAUCUAUUAUUACUGUACCAUACUCUUUCUCUUAAAAAGUCGCGAUGAACGAAGAUGGAUGGAGAAGCAGAACAGAGCGAUGAGACAGAAACGAAAAAAGGAGGAAACAACAAGACUACGAACUUUAGUGGGUAAGAUAGCGUGAUGUUUUCCGAGCUUGUUGAACUUGCAGUGCAAUUAUGCAAACACAGUCCUAAACAAUGUUUUAGUCAUGAUUUUUUUUUUCUGUGCUGGUGUUAUGUGGCUUAUACACUCAGAGAACAUCAACAAGCAUCAUAUUUACCUGAGUACAUAACACCAGCACAGAAAAAAAUCAUGCAUCAUGAUUACAAGAUUGCAUGAUAUCGAAGGAACUAGACUCAGUUCCGAAAUAUCACAUACUCGAACCGACCUGACCGCGUAGCUCAGUUGGCAGAGCAUUUGGCAUCUCAAAGGUCGUACGUUCGAUUCCCACCGUGGCCAGGCAUAUUUUUCAAGCCUGCCCGGUGUGGAUAUACACUCAGAGUAACAUCACAAACAUAAUGUUUUAGUCACUAUCGCGUUGUCAUCCAGAUUCUCUUUUUCCAGACAACUGCUACGCUUGUGAUCCUCGUUUAAAGAAAUUCCGUGAAGAAGAGAAGGAAAGAAAAGUCGCCGAGAGAAAAGCGAAGGAAGAAGCAGCGAGAUUGGCGGCUGAAGAGCAAGAAAAGGUAACAUUCACACAGAACUUCGGAUGGGAAGGGAUCGGGGGAUAAAUAUCUGGGGGUGCUGCUGCUUGGUUUGGCCGGGCCCUGGUGGCAACGCCCGGAAAGGCCAAGGAAAAUGUUUAACAAAAUUUGUUUCGUAGGCCUGCAUGGCGAGAUCCGAGACCAUAAUAUUGGUAAUUUUACAAAUUUAGUAGUAAGAAUAAUGAAAUAUGAAACUAUCAAAUCAAAAUAUAUAUAAUUUGCGGGGGUGCAAAAACUUUUGGGGACGGUGCCAAAUGCCUCUGGGGGAGGGGGGUGCAAAUAAUUUCUGGGGGUGCGCACCCUUCGCACCCCCAGAGAAUCCGUGCCUGAUUUACUCUUUAUUGCCUGAUACGGUGAUACCGUAAAUUUUUCUUUGCCUGGCGUUUGUCGUUUGACGUAUAACGCGAAGCUUAAACUCUCUAUUACUACUACCUACGCUGGCACAAAUCGUUCAAGUAUCAGAAAGUUAGUUUAGUUUUAGCAGUUUAGUUAUUUUUCCACCGAAAACUCUCAUCUUUUUUUCCCACCGAUAACUAUCAUCUCGAGCAGAAGAAACAAGAGGCUUUGGAAGCGGAGAGACUUCUACGGGAAAAAGAGGAGCAAGAAGCGAAAGAGAAGGUUAAUAUUUCAUAGAAACUUUUUGAGAUUUUUAAAUAACUUGCUGGACAUUUGUUGAUAAUUUCCGAUACAUUUUGACACAGGCGCAAGCUGCAAAGAAGGAGAAAGAUAAACUAAAGAAUGCCUUGAAAAAGGAAAAGAAAAUUAUAAGAACGACUUGUAAGGUUAGUGACGAAUAGAACGAACAAACAACCAAAACAGACAGACAAACAAACAAACAAACAAACAAACAAACAAACAAACAAACAAACAAACAAACAAACAAACAAACAAACAAACAAACAAACAAACAAACAAACAAACAAACAAACAAACAAACAAACAAACAAACAAACAAACAAACAAACAGGCGACAAACUUCUGCCAAAAUCAACGCUUACGCCUGUAUUCUGAACGCUCACUCACACUCAGUGAGUGGAGGUUCAAUCUGAGCUUCUCUUCAGUGUCAGUGCUGUUUUUGAAUACUAAGCUGGGGGGUGAGUAGUCACAUAGUAAGGUACGGGACUAACCCUAUAGCUCCAGCUAUUCAAAAACAGCAAUGUCACUUGAGAGAAGCUCAGAUUGUACUUCAACUCAUUGAGUGUGAGUGAACUUUUGGAAUACGGGCAUUAAAAGUGAAUUUAUUCUCUCCCCACAUCAAAAUUGCUUGCUUUACUUUAGGAACAUAAUUAUUUCUCAAAAGACGAAAAAGACUUGGUGGAGAAAAUGGAAUUAACAGAAAAAUUAUUAGAAACAUUAUCACUAGAUAGGUUGGUGAAAUAUUGCGUUCAUGAUUUCAAACACACACAUCAACAAUAACCUGGUUAUCUUAUCUUUUGUAUAGAUUACAGGAUUUAAAAGAAUCGUUUAAACAGAACAAUAAAGAUAAUAUUAGUAAUUUAUUUCUGGAAGAGGUAGGUUAAAUCUAUAAUCAUAUUUGUUGACAUGAAACAGCGCAGUAAUGUUCUACGAUUGUAUCUUAACCUGCUAAUUUCUCAUCUAAUUUCCAUCCAAAUUUAACCGAAAUUUAAUCAAUUAGACUUUCUCAUCCCGCCAUUUUUGGAUGGCUUUUCAGCCGAAGUCUGCGAGAUAAGUCCACAUAACAGCGACUUUAUAUAAUUUUUUGGACGAAUGAUGGUAAAUUUGCUUUGUAAAUGGUUGGUUUAUUUUGAAAAAUUGCACUUUCACAUUGUUUUAAUUGUUUGCAUUGGUUAACGAGAAUUAGAUGCCACCCAAAAAUGGCGGUUAUUCGUCAUCGUGAAAAAGGUUAAUUUGGCCUUGGGCAAUGUCCAUUCGUCUGACAAAUUUUCGAAUCAAUUUUCGAGUCUUCGCGGAUGAAGACAUAAUAAGAAUAAGAUAAUCCAGGAGCCUACUGUAUGAACUACCCCGACUUACAGUACGUUUAUUACCGAGAUUUCUCGUAUUCAAUCUACGCUGUUCUUUUUCAGAUCAGUAAAUUAAAAGAACAAUUAGUUUUGGAGGACGAGAAGGCUGUUAAAGCAGUUCAGGAAAGGAAAAUUUCCAAAGAGACUGGGGGCGACACUAGUUCCAGCUCGCUAUGGAGUGAAGACGAGCAUGAGCUCUUAAUCAAAGCAGUCAAGCUUUUUCCUGCGGGCACUAAUUCAAGGUGAAGUAUAGUUAGUCUGAGCACUUUCAUAUAGCUGUAGCAUUGUCUUGCACUCUUGUACCAUUUCAAACACGAGCAGGACUGCAGGAGUGCUUCAGCGGAUAUGAAACACGAGGCGACAGCGGCGCUGAGUGUCUUAUAUCUGAUAAAGCACCGACUGCGAGUGUUUAAGGUUACAGAACACCUUUGAGUGUUAAUUUUGCCUAAAAUUGUUUGAUUGGUUUCCAUGAAAGCAUUAGACUAGUUCUACUAUCUGACCAAGUUUGAACGAAAAAUGUUGAAAACUCGCAGAGUUAUUUAAUAAAAUACAUUUCGCUGCAAUAAGAAAAACAUUGAAAAUGUAAUAUUCAAAUUCAAUUUUCUCACGAAAAUUUUUACGGUAAUUACUGAUUUUCAAACGAGUUAUGCUCCUGUGGGUUUUAACGAAUUUUUCUCAAAUUUUCACUAAAUACGUCAGUUUCAAAAUUUUUUAAUUUUGGAUAUUUUAAAAAUAAAGAGCAAUUCACUCAAACAAUUCAGAAAUAUAUUGCAGUCGUCAAAGAAAUCGCCAUAUCAGCGGAAUGACGAAAUAAACAAAAAUUUCCGAACACAAUUUUUUAGAACAACUAUUUUACUGUAUAAAAAUGAUAUUUUCGUAAAUAUAACUUAAAACCAGCAGGAGCACAACUCAAAAGCGUAAAGGUACCGCGAUUUAAGAUUUUCCUGAAUAACUCUUACAUUAUUUUAUUGCUUGUUAAUUUUACAACUUUACCAUAAUUUGCAUGCACUGGAGAACAUUUGGUGAAAAUUUGAUGAAAAUCGGACUGAUAUUGAGCGCGCAGUAGCGAUUUUCUGCAAAACGCCAAAAAGGGUGUCCUGUAACCUUAAAAUGGUUUAAAAUACCACCGAUCUUAUUGGCGAAAAAGCCGAGAGAGUCAAAGCUAAAGUUUAUGUACAACUUGUACAUUAACAUGGUAUUUUAUAACAUAUAUAAAACCGCCAACACGGUAGUGAUUUCCUCAUGAAUUAUUAAUGUUUUUUUUAAAUAUACGUAGAUGGGAAGUGAUAGCAGAAUAUAUUAACCAUCAUUCGAAAGGCAACGCUGUGAAAACAUCGAAACAUGUCAUAAAGAAAGUCAAAGAACUUCAGAAAUUUGGUAGGUGCUAGUAUUUUUAAAACCGGCUAAACAAGAUUUUUUGUUGUUUGCAAGCCGUAGUGAAACUAAUUAAAUAUUUUAUUCUUAGAUACGACGCAAAUGGAGAAAGCGAAUAAAAAUGCGUUUGCGAAAUUUGACAAAACGCUUGCUGCUCCAUCAGCUUCUACUCCAAGUACUUCCAACCCGACUGAAAGAUAUGACAAUGGUAUGUGUUGCUGUCUUGCUGCACAUAUGGUUAAUGUUUUUAUGACUAAACUACAACGUAAUGAGACUUCAGUUGCUAAAAGGAAGUUUAAGUAGCGAGAAGGCAAGCUUAAAGCGCUUGUGUCAUAAGUUUUUUUGUGUCAAAAUUAUAAUCAGACAAAUGCACCCGGAGGUGAAAUACACAUGCACAACCCCCCCCCGUGUUAAACCAACAUCUAACAAUACAACUCAUUUUUCCCUUAACUGAGGUACUUCGUCAGCAGCUACCCAAACUACACCAGCCGCGGAAAGAUCAUGGAAAACGGAAGAACAGAAGGUAAAAGGUUGUUCAUUUUAUUGGCACGACCUACUGGCAUUUAGCAAACUUUAAGACAGUUCAAAACUUAAUAUAAGUGGGGCUUUUUUUCAGCUGCUAGAAAACGCUCUUCGGAAAUACCCGUCAAGUACUCCUGAACGAUGGGAUAAAAUCGCUGAAGAGGUUCCAGGAAGAACGAAAAAGGAAUGCAUGAGAAGAUAUAAGGUGAGAUUUGCUGUGGAGAUGUUUCCUAUAGGGUCCAGAGUUGCCUAGAGUCUAAAGGCUGAUUUACACUAUCAAAGUUUCGGUGAUCACAGUAGGAAUUUUGCAUCAGUAAAUUCUACGUCAUUUUCAUCUACGAAUUUUGCAUCAGUAAAUUCUACAUCAAAUUCUUGAGUCAGUUCCCUCGAUAUUUCUUACAAAUCCGUCAAAACUUAGAAUUUUCUUAUGCAAAAUUCCUAUUGUGGUCACAGAAACUUUAAUUUGGAAACCAGCAGUAAGAGUUCCUACGGUUUUUGAGUUCAACAAGAAUUUCCUAGAAAUUUCUUCCUGCAGUAAACUCUAUCAUCUUCGGCAUCUUUUUCUGAACGUGUUUAGGAUCUCGUCGAGAUGGUGAAAGCGAAGAAAUCCGUGGCAGCGAAGAGCAAUAAAUCAUGA